GUACCAGUGAAGGUAACAAUCAGCAUAGGAACAGCAACCAAGUAUUCCUUCAACACAAAGGAGAAUUUCUUUUUAUCAUAAUCUUUAUACAGCUUCUAUUUUAAACCAUGAACUGGAGCAACAUCAACAUCACCAAUGGGACAUCAUCUUUCUCUGGACAAUGCCACAGAGACACCAGAAUUGCACAUGUAGUAUUCCCAAUCCUAUACACUGUCAUUUUCCUCACUGGAGUUAUACUGAACAGUUUGGCUAUUCGAGCUUUUUUCCAAAUUCAAAGCACCUCAACUUUCAUUGUCUACCUCAAAAACACAUUGGUUUCUGAUUUCAUAAUGACUCUUAUGCUUCCUCUGAAAAUUCUUACUGAUUCAGGACUGGGACCAUGGCAACUUAAAGCUUUUGUUUGUCGCUUUUCGGCUGUGAUAUUUUAUGAAACCAUGUAUGUUAGCAUAGUACUACUUGGACUUAUUGCUUUUGACAGAUUUCUCAAGAUUGUGCGACCUUUUGGGAAGUUUUGGGUGCAAAAUGUCACUGCUGCACAAAUUCUUUCAGGUCUUGUUUGGCUUUUCUUCUUUGUCCUCUCCUUGCCAAAUAUGAUUUUAUCAAACAACAAAGCAACACCCCUUUCCGUGAAGAAAUGUGCUUCUCUGAAGAAUCCCUUAGGUCUGAAAUGGCAUGCAGCUGUCAACUACAUAUGUCAGUUUAUCUUCUGGACUGUGCUAAUUCUAAUGCUUCUAUUUUAUGCAAUUAUUACCAAAAAGGUAUAUAAUUCUUAUAUAAGAACUCAAAAGAAAGAUAGCAAAAGCAAACAGAGGAUUAAUGGGAAAGUAUUCAUCAUUGUAGCUGUCUUUUUCAUAUGUUUUGCCCCAUUUCAUUUUUGUAGAGUACCAUACACACUAAGUCAAACUGGCAAUACAAGUGACUGCAAUGUACAGAACCUAUUAUUCAUUGCUAAAGAAAGUACUCUUUGGAUAGCUACUACAAAUAUUUGCAUGGAUCCUUUGAUAUACAUAAUCUUGUGCAGAUCGUUUGUAGAAAAAGCAUUCUGUGUUAAAAUGAAAAAAAUUAGAAGUACAAUGCGGGAAAAUCCAACAGUCCCCUUAGACACCAGAAUAUCUGUAUAGAUUCCUAAUUUGGUGUAACUUUAUAGCUUUCUGUAAUUUGCACAAAAAUAUUUGCAGGGAAAUUGAAGGAUACUUUGUGUCAAGAUGUUUUAUUCUAGAACUGAAACUUAAAGGGUCGUUCUUCUCUGAAAUGUGACUUUGUAAAAAUGGCAUAAUGUAAUUUUAUACUAUCAAAAGUAUUCUGCUUAACAAAUAAAAUGCUGUUUCUCUAACUGCCAGACCCAAAAGCUCAGUUUGAAGUCCAAGAACUAAGCUGGGUUCUUUCCACCUGAUGCAUCAUCAUUAUGACUAACAAAAAGUUCGGCCAGCCAAACAUUCCUCAAUGACACCUGUGCAGCCACAAUGUCUUCAUGUUGUACCCCAAUUGAUAACCGCUCAACUUCACUUCCUUCAGUGGGGUUGCACAGGUGGGUUAGGACAUAGUGAA